CACCCCGUGUCUCUCGCGUUCCUCUUUUUUGAUUCAGCUUGACUGCCCCCGCCGACGCACCAUGUUCUGCGCAUUCGCAGCAGCACAGCAGCGAGAUCCAGCGCACGGGACACAAGGCGUGCAAAUGCCGCCAUUUGAUAGAGCCAAGGAUCCAAAACGGGCCACUCGUACGCCCACGUAAGGAUGCAAGCGUUUCUAGACCGCAAUAGACUCUCUCAGACCCCGCAACCUCCGGACUUCACUUGCUGCACUUCACUCCUCUUUCACUCCCUCUUUCCGAGACAAAGUCCACGGAGUGUCGCGAGCACCGAGUUCCACUCCCCGUCCCACGACAACGCCUCUUUGACGCGCGAACAGCGCGGAGCGCCGUGCUGCUAUCGCCGCCCCUUUUGACCGCCGCGCGCUGCAGCAGCGAAUCCGGCGGAUCCGGCAGAUCUUCGUCUGCCCGGAACGGCGGAACGGCGGAAGGGGGGGAAGGGAUCACUAGACUCCCGCAUCCGUGCCGUGCCGCCCUGCCAUGUUGCUGACCCUAUCCGCGCCGUCCAUUCUCCCGGAUUCGCUCUCCUCGCGCUCCACGGCGCGUCGCUCCUUUCCGCCGUUUCACAUCGCGUCGCUCCGAGGGAUAGCGCCCCUCGGCAACGAGGGGUCCUCCGCGGCGGCGAGCGCCCCCCCCGCAUGCGCCAUGACCGCUGCGCCCAUCGCGGACGAUCUCCGCGCACUGGACGCUGGCGCACACCCGCCGCUCCUGCAAGUCUCCGCUGGGAAGGGCUCCGCCGAGUUGGCGGAGCGCAAGGAUGGCGCGCAGCAGCCCCGCGGGGAAUGCUCGCAGGCGGGGAAGCGGAAGCUGAGCGCCAGCGGUGAUGCCGAAUUCCGCGCUGUGAUUCACGACGAUGCGGCGGCGGCGGCGCCCGAGGGAUCAGAGAGCAACGCCGACUCGACAAGAUCGGCGGAAACUGCCGCGAAGAAACCGCGCGGGAGCUCGGAUGACGGCGAGAAUGUUCGCGGAUCACCGUCCGCCGCGCCUCCCCCAGCCACUGCGGCCGAGCAAAGAUCCUCUCAUCUCGCGGGGGCGUCGCCCUUCGACAAUCAUGCCGCCGGCCGCAUCCCCGCUGACGCAGCCGCCGGGUCGGGGGAGAGCGGAGGCGCGGAGUCGGAGGAGGGAGAGGAGGCGGAGGGGGAAGAGGGCGAGGGGGGGGGGAGGAGGCGGUGGGCGGGGUGACGGCGGCGGACGGCGGCGCGUGCGGCAAGAAGAAGCGGUACCGCUACAAGCGGCUGUCGAAGGCGGGGUACAUCCCGGACGACGGGCAGCACUGGCACAAGUACGGGCAGAAGAACCUCGUCGACGCCGG